AUGGCCACUACUCCAAAGUUCUCACAACACUCGGGCAACAAGCUUGCGGAUCCAAGUGAAUAUCGAAGUAUUGUGGGCAGUUUUCAAUAUCUGGCCUUUACAAGACCAGAUAAUUCUUAUGCAGUCAAUCGAUUGUCUCAGUACAUGCAUUCACCAACAGAUCAACAUUGGCAAGCUGCGAAACGUGUUCUUAGGUACCUAAAGGGCACACCUACUCAUGUUGUUUUCUUAAAACGACAUAAUCCUCUCUCUGUACAUGCUUAUUCUGAUGCGGAUUGGGCAGGUGAUGUAGAUGAUUACGUCUCUACUAAUGCAUAUGUGACUUAUCUUGGUCAUAAUCCUGUCUCCUGGUCCUCCAAAAAGCAGACAGAGGUUUUGCGGUCAUCAACGGAGGCUGAAUAUCGGUCAGGUGCUAAUACGGCUUCGGAACUCCGAUGGAUGAAGCAUAUUGCCAUUGAUUACCAUUUCAUUCGGACUAUGGUUCAAGAUGGAGCUUUGCGUGUUGUUCAUGUUUCUACUCGUGAUCAAUUGGCGGACUUACUUACCAAACCUCUCUCUCCUACUGUUCAAAGGACUUGA